GGCUGAACAGGUAGACCGGUUCUAGAAAAGUUGUGUCAAUUUGUUAAAGAGCUGCAUGUUUUUGGAUUCGUUUAGAAGAAAAUGUUUCUCCUGUGCAGAUGUUAGAGCUUCUUGGGUACAACCUUCUCUGCCACCCGGUUUAUGUACGGGGGUGAUAGGGGAUGCCCUGAUAUCAUUGCGUUUUAAGGACCUUGUAACGUUUUGUUUUACCAAAAUCUUAGCAGGCAGAUUGUAGCGUGAGUGGUGGGACCAGUGGUGGUGAUGGCAGUGGGUGGGUGGCCACAAGAGACACCUCAGGGAGCCGGACGUGGGCUUUGCGCUAGGAUGGGGCUGCGCAUCUGUGUGUUCAGGUGGUCCGUUUCACGUAUUUCUGCAGGUGAUGCUGCGUUUUUGCGUGAAUGAGAGAGAGACAGACACUGGUGUGUAAAAUUGUCUCGGAUUACUUUUUCGUUCUUUCAUUUUGCCCCCCUAAGAAACCUGCAGCAGAGAGAAUUGCACCAGACUGGUUAUGAGGACAGCAUGGAGUUUCCAGACCACAGCAGGCAUUUGUUACAGUGUCUGAGUGAGCAGAGACACCAGGGCUUUCUUUGUGACUCUACUGUGCUGGUUGGAGAUGCCCAGUUCCGAGCCCAUCGAGCCGUGCUGGCUUCGUGCAGCAUGUACUUCCACCUCUUUUACAAGGACCAGCUAGACAAAAGGGACAUUGUUCAUCUGAACAGCGACAUUGUGACGGCCCCGGCUUUCGCUCUCCUGCUUGAAUUCAUGUACGAGGGGAAGCUCCAGUUCAAAGCCCUCCCCAUUGAGGACGUGCUGGCUGCUGCCAGCUAUCUCCACAUGUACGACAUCGUCAAGGUCUGCAAGAAGAAGCUGAAGGAGAAAGCCACGACCGAAGCGGACAGCACCAAGCGGGAGGAGGAUGCCUUGAGCUGUUCUGACAAAGUGGAGAGUUACUCGGAGAGCAGCGGCGGGCACCCCGCAGGCGAUCUGCUGCCUAGUGAUGCAGAGGAGGAUGAGUCUGAAGGCAACAAGAGAGACUCGCUCCCGGAGUCGGGGAACAUGUGGAUGAGGUUACCCUCUGACACAGCUGGCACCCCCCAGACUGGUGGCAGUGGCGGGGAGUCGGAGAUGCAUGCGGUGGCAGCAGCUGGGAAAACCGAAAUGGCCAGCAGCCCUUGCAGCUCAACAGGGUCUUUGUCUCAAAGGUCCGUCACCUCCAGGAGGGUGUCGGCAGAUGCGGACUGUGUGUUGGACCUGUCUGUCAAGUCCAGCCUAGCUGGGGGUGGAGGAGAUGCCCUCCCGAAUAGCAACCCGUACUUCUGUGGAGCGGUGGCACCGGACAGCCUGCAGAACAGCUUGGUGCAGGUGAAGGUGGAAAAGGAGGUCGCCUCCGACGACGACGACCUGGGCAGCGGCGACUACGAGAUGGAGCACAGCGCCGGCACGGCCACCAAGGAGCUCCCUAGCACCAAUGGCGGAGGCCACCACCACCAUCUCAAUCACCACCACAGCAGGCUCCACUAUGAGGCAGCCUCGCACCUCUCGGCCAUCCGGGAGGCUUCUCUGUCCAGCGAGCUGGACCGCGAGGACAAGGUGAGCGAGGACGACGAGAUGCUCAGCCCAGAGGGCGAACGGAACCCGGUGGAGCCGGCCAGCCUCGACGGCAACCUCCUGCCCUAUGUGUCCAACAUGCUGAGCGGCCCCCACAGCCAGAUCUUUAUGUGCCCCCUGUGCAACAAGGUCUUCCCCAGCCCACACAUCCUGCAGAUCCACCUCAGUACGCACUUCCGUGAGCAGGAAGGGGUACGGUCCAAGCCGGCGGGAGACGUCAACGUGCCAACCUGCUCGAUCUGUGGCAAGACUUUCUCCUGCAUGUACACACUAAAACGGCACGAACGGACCCACUCAGGUGAGAAACCAUACACUUGUGCCCAGUGCGGCAAGAGCUUCCAGUACUCGCACAACCUGAGCCGCCAUGCUGUGGUGCACACCCGUGAGAAGCCACACGCGUGCAAGUGGUGCGAGCGCAGGUUCACCCAGUCGGGCGACCUGUACCGGCACAUCCGCAAGUUCCACUGCGAACUGGUGAACUCUUUGUCCGUAAAAAGUGAAGCACUGAACUUACCGGCUGUCAGGGACUGGGCAUUAGAGGACAGCUCACAAGAACUCUGGAAAUAGACUCUUCUGUACUGAGAAUUUGAAGCAAAUUCAAAUCUAGAAAUAUGAACACUUGU